CCAGUGAUGGGAGAUGGAGGACAAGGGUCCUCGUGUAGCAGACUACUUCGUGCUGGCUGGUCUGACCGACUCCUCCACGCCACUGGAGCAGGAGUUCCACUUCCACGAUGUCUGCCACAAGACGGCCAAACCCAAGCCGCCCAUCACCGACGUCGCUGUGGUGAUGCGCUCGCUGGGGGAAGAGGUGCCUCCUGGGUACACGUGCGUGGAAUCCACACCGUCCGGCCUGUCAGCUGACCUGAACAACGGAAGUCUCAUGGCGCCACAGAUCUUCCUGUGUUACAGACGAGGACGAGACAAACCACCACUCACUGACCUGGGUGUUCUGUACGAGUGGAAGGAGAGGUUGAAGCAGGGUUGCCACAUCAUCCAGACCACGCCCUCCGGACGCCCUGCCAACAUAAGCUCCACCUCCUCCCAGAGGAUCUACGUGACGUAUCGGCGCGCCACGGAGAGCCAGACCUACGCCGCCCUGGCCGUCACAGACAUCUGUGUCAUCAUCCCCGGCAAGGGAGAGACGCCACCACACACCUUCUGCAAGGUGGACAAGAACCUCAACAGCAGUAUGUGGGGUUCCUCUGUCUAUCUGUGUUACAAGAAGUCUGUGGCCAAACCCAACACCAUAGCCUACAAGGCAGGUCUGUUUAGCAGGUAUCCUGAGGAGGACUAUGAGUCCUUCCCCCUGCCUGAGUCCGUGCCUCUGUUCUGUCUGCCCAUGGGGGCCACCAUCGAGGCCUGGCCGGUCCAGACCAAAUACCCCCUGCCUGUCUUCUCCACCUUCGUACUGACCGGAUCCUCUGGAGAGAAGGUGUACGGUGCAGCCAUCCAGUUCUACGAGCCCUACUCCCAGGACUGUCUGACCGACCAGCAGCGCUCUCAGCUGGGUCUGCCGGGGCUGGACCACGGGCCCUCUUCCCCAGCCUCAUCCCCAGCCACCUCCCCCUCCACUCCAGCUCCGGGCCCCAGAGCGCUACACACCAACAAGUGUAUCUGUUUGCUGUCUCACUGGCCCUUCUUCGACGCCUUCCGCAAGUUCCUCACCUUCCUCUAUCGAUACUCCAUCUCUGGACCUCACACCCUGCCCAUCGAGAAGCACAUCUCCCACUUCAUGCACAAGGUCCCCUUCCCCUCCUCUCAGAGGCCCAGGAUACUGGUGCAGCUCUCUCCUCACGACAGCCUGAUGUUGAGCCAGCCUGUGUCAUCCCCUCUACCACUCAGUGGUGGUCGGUUCUCCAUACUGCUGCAGAACCUCGGUCCGGAGAAUGCUAUAACGCUCCUGGUGUUUGCUGUGACAGAACAUAAGAUCCUGGUUCACUCUCUACGGCCCGCUGUUCUGACCAGUGUCACUGAGGCUCUGGUGGCUAUGAUCUUCCCAUUCCACUGGCCGUGUCCGUACAUCCCUCUGUGCCCGCUGGCUCUGGCAGGGGUCCUCUCCGCCCGCCCCUUCAUUGUGGGGGUCGACUCACGCUACUUUGACCUUUACGAACCCCCGCUGGACGUCAGCUGUGUCGACCUUGACACGAACACCAUCUCCCACAACGGAGAUAAGAGGGCCCUGACCUGGAAGAUCCUGCCAAAGAAAGCCUGUAAAAACCUGAUGAAUGUGCUGAACAAUCUCUACCAGCAACUGGUGGACGGUCAGCAGCAUCCUGAUGGCCUAUUGGAGCUGAGUAUGAGUGACUGUACAGAGCUGGCCUGUGGGAAGAGCCUCCACAGCCUGGAGAUGGAGAUACAGGAAGCCUUCCUCAGGUUCAUGGCGGCCAUCUUGAAAGGCUACCGCUCAUACCUGAGACCCAUCACCCAGGCCCCGUCUGAGAAGACUACUGACGCCUCCUCUCUCUUUGACCUGCAAGGGUUCCUGAAGAGCAGAGACCGGUCCCACCAGAAGUUCUACUCCCUGAUGACCAAGACUCAGAUGUUCAUCAGAUUCAUAGAGGAGUGCUCCUUCGUCUCAGACAAAGACGCCAGCUUGGCCUUCUUCGAUGACUGUGUGGACAAGCUCUACAGUGCAGACAAAGGAGGCAAGGUGGACAGCGAUAAGCCAGAUGAGACCAGGCUGAUAGAGAUUGAUGAAUCACAGCGCAGCGAGCACACAGUCUUCAUCACACCCCCUGAACUACCCCACCUGCCUGAUGGAGAGGAGCACCCACUCUGCUACAGCUAUGCAGGUUUCCCGGUGUUGAGUCUUGAUCUGUUUGACCCCAUGGAAGGCCUCCGACCCCCUGCCUCUCGGCUGGCUGCCCGACAGAGCUGCCCAACUAGCCCUGCACCCAUGUUCAGACGCACCAAACAGGAGAUCAAGUUGUCUCAGAAGUUAGCCAAGAAGUACUCUUCCAUCCCUCAGAUGUGGUCCAAGUGUCUGCUGUGCCACUGCUACGGCCUGUGGUUCAUCUGUCUGCCGUCCUACGUCAAGGUGUGCCACUCCAAGGUGCGGGCGCUGCGCACCGCCUACGACGUCCUCAGGAAGAUGCAGGACAAGAAACUGCAGCCUCCAGACGAGGUCUGUUACAGGGUCUUGAUGCAGCUGUGUGGUCAGUACGGCCAGCCAGUCCUGGCGGUCAGAGUUCUGUUUGAGAUGAAGAAGGCUGGAGUCCAACCCAACGCCAUCACCUACGGCUACUACAACAAGGCGGUGUUAGAGUCUACCUGGCCCUCCAGUACCAGAGGAGGUUACUUCAUGUGGAUGAAGCUGAGGAACGUGGUUAUGGGUGUGGCUCAGUUCAAACAGGCGCUACGCAAACAGCAGCCUCCACCCACUCAGAGCCCUCUGUCAGAUGGCAGCGACCUGGACGCUGUGAGUCACGGCAGCCUGGAUAGCUCUGCCGACACGAACACGGCCGAGCAGGGCCCCUACGUCCCUGACUCCAUCCAAGUAGACCCCACUGACGAUAGGCAUAGCACAGUCAGCCGCGGGGACUGGGGCGGUGUGGGGUCGGACACCCGGUCGGGUCACUCACACUGGGGGGGUUCUGACCUCCACUCCCCCCGCCACUCAGGUGAGCAGUCAGACCUGGGGUAUAACUCCCUCUCUAAAGAAGAGGUACGUAGAGGAGAGCCCAGCCCGCUGGACAGCACCCAGGACAAGGACAACAAGAAGGAGAGUGACUGCAGCUCCUUGUCGGAGACAGAGAGUGCUAAGAGCAGUGGAGACUGUCUCCCUCAACAGGACUUCCCAGAGGUCAACGAGCCAUUCAAGCGGCAUAAUUCCGGCAUCGUCCGCGGCAACUGUCCCUAUGACGAUGCAACCUGUGAGCCCAAGAGGUCAACCAGCACAGACCAUGUAGCAGGUCUCCUGUUGAGCUCCUCUCUGAAUGAGGUAGGUGUGGUUGAGACCAACAGUCUGAGGAGGAGACAUCUCAGUGCCCUUGAGGAAGGAGGUGGCAGUGGGAGUAGUGGUGGAGGAGGAGGCCAUGACUGGCAGGGUGUGCGAGGGUGCAGACUGAGUGGAGACAACAGGGUUGGCAGUGGUAGCAGUGGCACUCCAGUGUUGGGUCUGGGACUGCACCAGGGAGAGACUGACCCAGCCAGGAUAGCAGAAAACCUGGGGGCAGACACCAAGAUCCUCCUGGGGACCAGCUUCAGCCAGACCAACAGGCCGCGGUCGUUAGUCCUGGGAGGGUCAGAGGGGAUUGGAGCAGCCGGGGGAAGAACCAGGCGCUGCAGACGUAGAGACAGCCCUGAAGACGGAGAGGAGAGGGACUGGAGUGACGAGGACAAGAAUGACAAGAAUAAUACAGACGCCAUCUUUGAUCUGGAGGACCUAGAUCUGGACGGACCAACCACAGAGAGCGUUGCUAAAACCAGCCAAUCACGGAAGAGGACGGUGGAACGCAGCGCCAGCUAUGGCGGUGUGGGUGUGGCCUCAGCCUCGCGGGGCACCGUUAAACGAACGGGGAUCGAGACAGGCUUCGACCCGCUGUCCCUCCUGGCGGCCGAGUCCAAGUCCCAGGGAGACAGAGAGGACGACCUGGAAGUAGAGAUGGAUGGGGUCGCGACCCCUACGGGCCGGCGCCAGGACCACCUGGCGAGGGAGAUAGAGAUGUACAUGAACCAUAUGGGUUCUCCUCUGAACAGCCGGACACCCAGUUUGGACCUCCAGGACCCCUCCAGCCCCCUGUUCCUCCACCCUCCUCCCCCACUUAUCACCACCCCUCGACGGGCCAGUCUCCCCCAUACCUCCCCUCUCAGGACAGGAGGAUUACCUCGCUCCAGGACCUACAACUCCCCCUCGCCCUCCCAGCCUGCCAGACAGAGGCUCUGGUCCUCACCCCCCUGUCCCCGCUCCACCCCCAGCCCACAGCCCAGCCCCUACCGGGAGAGGGAGAGAGACCGGGACCUGGGUUUGCUGUCCCCGUCUCUGUCCUCCUCCUCCUUCGCCCUGGACCAGCUCCUCACCCCCACCCUGGAUGUGUUGAAGAGCAGCAUGUUCUCGGCAGGGAAAGGUGUGGCAGAGAAGGCUAGCCGGUGGUACUCUCGCCUGGCCACCUCCUACACCGUGCCCACCAAGGAUGGUAACUGUGACCGUCUGAGUGUGUCCUCUUUGGGCAUGGACCCCGACUGCUCCUCCCUGUUGGAUGUGGAUGAGGAGGGCCUGGGGGACCCAGACGGCUCCAUCACCUCCCCUCAGAGAAAUGGCCCCGGGCCCCGUAGGAGCCCAAGGAGAAGCCCAUCCAGACGCAGUCCCCUGAGGAGCAGACUGGACAGUUCCACACACAGACAGACAGGCUUUCCUCCCCCAGACUGCUCUGAUCUGGGCUCGUCUCGCUACACCAGCAAUACCAGCGUCUUCCAGAACCACGCCAUGGAGCUGUUGAUCUCCAGCUGUUCUCGCUGUAAGACGUGUGACGGUCUGGUGUAUGACGAGGAGAUCAUGGCAGGAUGGACGGCUGACGACUCCAACCUCAACACCACCUGUCCCUUCUGUGGGAACACCUUCCUCCCCUUCCUUAAUGUAGAGAUCAGAGACCUGAGAGGACCUGGGAGGUUCUACCUGAAGAGCAGUCCGUCAGCGGAGGAGGCUGUGUCAUCGUCCUACUCUGUGUCCACCGGUCUGGACACCGGGACGUCCACUCUGUCCACUCCCUGUCCCACUACUGUCCUGUCUCCUCUCUCACCCAGGAUCACUGUAGAGGGCUGCCCUGGUAACAGCAGGCUGUCGUCGUCCAGGGCCCAGUGUAUAGAGAUCCCUACAGAGCGGCGUCAGGGGGCCCUGUCCCCGGGGUCAGCUAUGGUGCGGAGUGUCAGUGCCUUUGACCCCAUGGAGGAACCAACUCGACUCAACCACAAUGUACCCACUUCAGGCAGCCUGCCCAGCCGGCUCAACGAAGCCAGCGACCCCCUGAGUGUUGAUAUGGAGUGGCGUCUCCACCACCCAGAACCAGUCACAGUACCCUACCUGAGUCCCCUGGUGCUGUGGAAGGAGCUGGAGUCCCUGCUGGAGAACGAGGGAGACCCUGUUAUCACAGUGUCAGCCGUGGUGGACCACCAUCCUAUCAUCUACUGGAACCUGGUUUGGUCCUUCAGACGUCUGGACCUGCCCAGCAACCUGCCUGGACUCAUACUGACCUCAGAGCACUGUAACAGGGGAUCUACG